GAUACAAAUGAUGCUGCAUUGGAGGCUGCCGGUGCUCCACAAUUCGGGUCCUAUCAUCAUCAGUACUGGUUGGAUGGAUGUAAGCUGAUUGGCGUUGGUGUGGUGGAUUUACUGCCCGGUUGUCUUUCUUCUGUCUACUUCAUCAACGAUCCAGCUUACGCAUGUCUCAAUUUGGGUACCUAUUCUGCUCUUCGAGAAAUUGCCUAUGUGCGACAACUCUACCGAACCUACGGAGCGACAGUACCUGCAUAUGCCAACUUCAAGUAUUACACCAUGGGGUUUUACAUUCACACCAUCUCGAAGAUGAAAUACAAGGGUGAUUAUUCACCCUCUUUCCUCUCCUGUCCUGAGACGCAUGUUUGGGUGCCUGUGGAGGAGUGUAGACAGCUACUCGAGAGGAGUAAGUACACUCGCUUCUCGAAGGAGGGCGAAGAGGAUUCGCUACGUACACCUUCUGACGAGGACGUGAUGAUUCAACUCCCCUUCUCCGAGGCUCUGGCAUCCGCAUUGCCUGAAGGCGGUUUCACAGUCGAAGACUCUGCAAUAGUCACCACACUGGCUGAGGCUAAAGAGGUGUUGUCUGGGACGGAUGUGGUUCUUAUUCGCCAGUGGGUCGGUUUAGUCAAGAACACUGGAAGCAUGCGUAUUACCUUUCAAAUCUGA